UUGUAACGACCGAUCCCUGGGCCUGCCUGGUGCGGAUCUCGCUUCGGCAGUACGGAGCCUGCUUGCGGGCUUCCUUUUCUUUUCUUUUGCAAGGAAAACCCGGGGAUCUGAAGAGCGGAGGAGAACCCCCCCCCCGCGUCUCACACAAAGUUUGUGCGUCCGGAGGGCGAACUGGGAUCUUGCCUCAUGCGGAGCGAGAGAGCCCUGAGCCGGGCUCAGGCACGCAGGUCCUUUGAAGUUGCACCCUGGGACUUCGGCCAUGGGCAGCUGUGUGGGAAGACAGCGCAGAGAGGGGCCGAUCACCCCGGGAAACCAGCGCAAGCGAGCAGGUCGUAAUGAACCUCUAAAAAAGGAUCGCCCCAAAUGGAAGAGUGAUUACCCAAUGACCGAUGGACAACUAAGAAGCAAGCGGGAUGAAUUUUGGGAUACAGCCCCUGCCUUUGAGGGACGCAAGGAAAUUUGGGAUGCACUCAAGGCUGCUGCCUAUGCUGUGGAGGCAAAUGAUCAUGGGCUAGCACAAGCCAUUAUUGAUGGUGCUGGAGUUACCUUGCCUCAUGGCUCACUCACUGAGUGCUAUGAUGAAUUGGGUAACCGAUAUCAACUUCCUGUGUACUGCUUGGCACCACCUAUUAACUUGAUUAUGGAGUGGAGUGAAGAGGAGGGUGCAGAACCUCCAGAGCCAGCACCCAAUACUCGCCGUGAAUUCCCACUGAAAGUGCGCCUCUCAUCUGGCAAGGAUUUACGUCUGAAUGCCAGCAUGACAGACACAAUUGGACAACUUAAGAAACAACUCUACGCCCAGGAAGGACUGGAGCCUGCGUGGCAACGUUGGUUUUUUUCUGGCAAGUUGCUGACAGAUAGGACCCGCCUGCAAGAGACUAAAAUUCAGAAAGACUUUGUAAUUCAAGUAAUUGUCAAUCAGCCCUCUGCACUAAGGAACUGAGCUAGAGAUAGUUGGUGUGACUCCCAGUUUGACCCAGAGGCUGAGCAGAAGCCUGUGUGAGCAGGAGUCUGUUCUAUGCAUCUAGAGAAACAGAUAGUGCACUUAAAAGCAGACUGGCGGAAUCAUAGCCAAAGCCUUUGAAGAGUUGCACAUGCUGUCUCGCUGAAGGGCACAGUCAGCAAGCUGGGCAGUAGGACGGAUGUGCAAUGUUCAAAGUGGUUUCUGUUUCUCCCAAUGGUUUGCUUCUCAUGACUAUCUGGGUUAGAUUUUUACCUUCCCCAAACUCCAAAGAAUUAGUUACCUCACCCAUUUCUAGGCUCGGCUGGCACCGAAAGAAUGCCUCCUUUCUUUCCCUUCAAUUCUAGUCCAGUUGGAAUUGCCCACAUUGGGACUGUAAGCCUGAAAUGAUGGAUUGUGGGUCUAGUCCUUUUCAGGGACUCAGUGUAGCUCCCAUUUGAGUACUGAAAAGCUUUUAGAGAAAGCAUGAAACCAAAGUGUCUCUCACAUGAGAGACUAUUGCCUUAGGCCCAAAAUAAAUAAAUCGGUGGCCAGGGCUAAUUCUUCUAUAUCUAGGUUGUUGCUUAUACUGAGGUUGGCAUCAAAGAUGACUGUACUACAAGUCAGCUCAUCCUAGUUCUACGGACAACCCCUCAUCCAGAUAAGGUGUGGUAUGUGGAGACUGGAUUGUGUAUAUGGGUCCCAGUGUAAUUUAUCAAUAAAAUCUUUUUCCAACUAUC